UAUAGCAACACUGUUGUUGUUGACAUCGUCGUUGAGUUUGAUCAUCCAUAAUGUUAUUAUUUUUAUUUAUAAUUACCGUAUUUUUAUUACCGAUUCGUUCGGAACAACAACAACAACAACAAAAUAUUUUUGAAAAUAUUUAUUAUUGUAUAAGUGAACAAUCAAAUUAUCAAAUUUUUCCAUGUAAUCAAAAUAAUAAUGAACGUCCAGAUUUUUCCCAACAAGAAAAAAAUCAAUCCAAUAUUAUUGCCUAUGCACGUUUUAUUAAUCAUAUUAAUCGUACUGGUUGGUCGGAAUUAGAUAUCGGUACAAAUCCAAAUCAAAAUGAUUAUCUACAAGCAUAUUUUGCUGGUUAUUUAGAAGGUAAAUUAACUAAAAAAUUAAUACAAAGUUAUCAAUAUAAUAUAUUGGAUGGUAAUGAAUGUCAAUUAUAUAAAGAUUUUAUUGAAAAAUCAUUAAAUAAUACAAUUGAACGUUCAUUGAAAAAAUCAAAUCAAAAUGAUCCAUAUUGGAUACAAAUUCAAUUACAAUUAUUACAAUUAGCUGGUUUGGAUGAUGGUUAUUUGAAUACAAAUAUCAAUAGGAAAAUAAUAUUAAAUCAUCCAGAUUUUAUAUUAAAAAAUAUCGAUCCAUGUGGUACAAUAUUAUUACAUCUUUAUACUGAAUAUGAUGAUCUUGAAUAUCUAUUGAAUCAUCGACAACCAUCAAAACAACCAUCUGAACAUUGUUCAGCAUUAAUAAAAAUAUUACCAAACCGAAAGGAUAUCUAUGUAUCACAUGUAACAUUUGCAAAUCUAAAAUCAAUGUUACGUAUAAUGAAACGUUAUAAUCUAAAUUACCGAACAAGUAAUUCAAAAACAUUGGUUAUGUCUAGUUAUCCGGGUACAUUAUUCUCUAUUGAUGAUUAUUAUAUUCUUUCCGAACAUAUGAUAGUACAGGAAACAACUAUUCAUAAUUAUAAUCUGGAAUUAUAUAAAAAAAUUUCAAUAAAUGAAAUGAUUUUUGAAUUUUUACGUACAAUGGUUGCUAAUCGUUUAGCUAGAAAUGGUCAAGAAUGGUCAAAAAUAUUUAGCUAUUAUAAUAGUGGUACAUAUAAUAAUCAAUUUAUGAUUAUUGAUUAUAAAAAAUUUCAACCUGAUCAGCAAAAAAUUCAACCGAAUUUUCUUUGGAUUCUGGAACAAAUGCCCGGUAUAAUCAUAGCAAAUGAUAUGACCGAAAUAUUAUUAAAACAAACAUAUUGGCCAAGUUAUAAUGUACCUUAUUUUAAAGAUAUUUAUAAUAUAAGUAAUACAAAUGAAAUGUUUCGAAAAUUUGGUGAACAUUAUUCAUAUGAUAAAUGUGGUCGUGCACAAAUAUUUAAACGUGAUCAUAAUAAUGUUUUGAAUUUGAAAACAAUGUAUCAUCUAAUGCGUUAUAAUAAUUUUUAUAAUGAUCCAUUAUCCAGAUGUAAUUGUACACCACCAUAUACUGGUUAUCGUGCAAUAUCAUCACGUUGUGAUUUAAAUGAUCCAAAUGGUCAUUAUCCAUUAGAUGCUUAUUCAUUUCGUUCAUCAGCCGGUUUAGAUGUAAAAUUAACUAAUUAUAAUCAUUCAAAAUUAUUACAAAUGAUUGCUGUUAGUGGACCAACAUAUGAUCAGGUACCAGUAUUUAGUUGGCAAACAACUAAAUUGAAAAAUAUUAAACAUUUAGAUCAACCAAUUGAAUGGAAAUUCAAACCAAUUCUAACUGAUUGGAAUCAUACAAAUAUCAAUGGUUUCAAUGAAUUUCAAUUUGAUUUAUGAACAAAAAAAACUGACAAUUUCCUCAUUCAACAACAACAACAACAAAAAUUGACCACGUCAAAUCGAUCAACAAAUAAAUCAACCAUAACCGUAUAA